ACUGGCAAUACCGAUUCAGGGUGUGUUAUGUUUGAUUGACGACUGUUUUAACUUCUAGUAUAUUGCUGUCUUCACUCUUGCCAAAAUCGCAAUUCGAAAUCUAUGUUGAAAACCGUAAUUCGGAACCUUUUUUAAUGAAUGGUAUCAUACGUGACUAGGCAGUGACCACUUACAAUGACCAAUAAAAUUUUAAUAUUUUUUAUGCUUUCUGCAUUGCCUGCAGCAUUGACUGUGAGAUGUUACCAAUGUGCAUCAUCACAAAAUCUAUACGAAGAUACAUGUGGAGCUUAUAAAAGGUUUGAUACCGACAGCCAUAUAGCGGUCGAGUGUAAUAGUGAUGAAUCUCAUAUGCCUGGCUCUUUUUGUAUGAAGCUAACUCAACAAGGACCAAAAGGAUUUAUCUGGGAUGGAAGAUGGCGACAAGUAAUACGACGUUGCGCCUCCGUUGCUGAAACAGGAGUUACAGGUGUUUGUAACUGGGGAGUGUAUGACAAUGGAGUGUACUGGGAAGAGUGUUAUUGCUCGGCUGAUGAGUGCAAUGGAUCUGUGACUAUACAAACUAAUAUGGCAAUGAUUUUUGGUAUGAUACUGACAACAUUAUAUGUAGCUUUAUCAUGAUCAUAUGUGUCUAUUGUGCUAAAUACUUAAGUAUUUACAUCAUCUGUCCGCCCAAACAGAAUCUGUUUUUCUAUAGCAGCUUUUUAUUUUAGUUGUAGAAAACAAACUGAUAAGUAAUAUUUUUAUAUUACUGACAAAUUAUUCCAUCCGUUUAUAUGACAGUUCCGUCCAUUUUUUCAUAUUUAUAAGAUAUACAGUGUUAUGUAAGUAAGAACUGUAAAUAAUAAGACAACAUAGUUCUUAAGUUUGUCCAAUUUAUUAAUAAAGCAAUGGAAUUCAUGUAUUUAAGAUUAUAUAUACAUACAAAUAUAUGGAUAGGUUUCUCAACAUUGUAAAACGAUCAGCAAACAUAUUUCUUAUGCAUGUAGUUUUUAAAU